CGAGUCUUCAUCCUUUCAGGCCGACAGCUCAUGCCACUCCCUAGGACCUAACCUAGAGUAUAUCUUGGCCCGGCCAGGGUUGGGGGGAGCCAUGGGCAGUUCAGCCUCAUCGCUGGCCGCCGAGACGGAGUCGGACCAUGGCUUUACUGGCCCAACCUAUCCUGGGCAUCUGGCAGCAAGCUGGUAUAGAAGUAACCAUGGUGGCCCCGUUUGGGACAGUGCCCUUAUAACACGGCAACAUCUGCGUGCCAGUCACCGGGCACGAAGCCAUACCCACUCUUCUGGUUCUAUGGCCACUGUGCGGGAAUGGUCCUGCACCCGCUGUACUUUCCUGAAUCCCGUGGGACAGCGCCAAUGCUCCAUCUGCGAGGCCCCCCGCCAGAAGCCCGACCUCAAUCACAUCUUGCGCCUGAGCGUGGAAGAGCAGAAGUGGGCCUGCGCCCGGUGUACCUUCCGGAACUUUGUGGGCAAAGAGGCCUGCGAGGUGUGCGGCUUCACCCCCGAACCCGGCCCCGGGGGCUCCCCUCUGCCAAUCCUCAAUGGGGUCCUGCCGAAACCCACCGUCCUCGUAGAGCCCAAAGCCAGCUGCAAGGAGGAGUUGCCCCAGAUGGAGAGCCCUGUUGAAGAUUCGGGGGGGAAGAGCCCCGAGGAGGCAGAGCUGGAGGAGGGCUGGGCCUGCCAACGCUGCACCCUCCACAACACCCCCGUCGCGAAUUCUUGCUCGGCCUGCGGGGGCCCCCGAAAGCUCUCCCUGCCCAAGAUCCCUCCGGAGGCAUUGGUGGUCCCCGAAAUCAUCACUCCCGCCGGUUUCCAGAUCGCACCCGCCACCGAGAUCCCGGAGGGCCACCCGGCCACCAACCAAGGCACGAUCCUUGUGGAGGAAGAGAGCCAGAAGAUGCCAGCCUUCAGCCUUUUCUCCCCGGGUCUCCAGAACAACCCCGUUCCCCGUAGCCGCCGAGAGGUUCCCCCGCAACUCCAGCCCCCGGCUCCCGAAGCUUCCCAACCGGCGUCUCCACCAACCCCCGUCCAGAAGGCCAUCCACUUCCAGGAAAUGAUGGCGACCAAGCGGCUGAGCAUGCUGGAGGAAGAGAUGGACAUCAGCGUGCCGCCCUGGCAGUGCAGCACCUGUUCCCUGGUCAACACCUCGGGGAGCGAGUCCUGCGAGGCCUGCAGCAGCCAGAAGGGCAGCGACACUAUCGACCUGACGGGCGACUCCGUUCGCUUCACCCCCUGCGGACCCUCCAGCCCCGACUUCACCACCUGGUCCUGUUCCAAGUGCACCUUGAAGAACCCCAACGCUUCCCAGAAGUGCAAAGCCUGCGGCUCCUCCAAAUUGCACGGCUUUCAGGAACAUAGCUUGCAGCCCGACCCAGCUCCCAAGUGUCCCGAAUGCGGCUCGGACAAAGGCCGAUGUGUGGCUUGCAGCACCCGUGCUCCUUCUGCCCGCAAAGUCGCCCGUCUCUUCCCCUUGCAGCCCCCGGUCACCCCUGAGCGCGCCAGCCAGUGGGCGUGCCCAGCUUGCACACUCCUCAACGAGCUGAAGGCCAAGCACUGCCUUGCCUGCCACACUCCUCAAGUCUACAUGGCGCAGCGCAGGGGCAUCAAGCCACUGCGGCGGCGCGAGAGCAUGCAUGUGGAGAAGCGACGGCAGACGGACGAGGGGGAGGCCAAAGCCCUCUGGGAGAAUAUUGUCUCCUUCUGUCAAGAGAACAAGGUGAACUUCGUGGAUGACAGCUUUCCCCCCGGCCCAAAGUCGGUUGGCUUUCCCGAAGGAGACAGCGUCCAGCAGCGAGUCAAACAGUGGCUGAGACCUCACGAAAUCAACUGCAAUAUCUUCAAAGACCGGUCGGUCAAGUGGUCAGUUUUCCGGACACCCCGACCAUCAGAUAUCCUGCAGGGACUCCUGGGAAACUGUUGGUUCCUGAGUGCGCUGGCAGUGCUAGCGGAGCGGCCCGAGUUGGUGGAAAGGGUCAUGAUCACACGGACCAUGUGCCCCGAGGGGGCUUACCAAGUCCGGCUAUGCAAAGAUGGCACCUGGACCACCGUGCUGGUGGAUGACAUGCUGCCCUGCGAUGAGUGUGGCUAUCUCCUCUUCUCCCAGGCUCAGAGGAAACAGCUAUGGGUGGCUCUGAUUGAGAAAGCCUUGGCCAAGCUCCACGGCUCAUACUUCGCCCUCCAAGCAGGGCGCGCCAUCGAAGGCCUGGCUACGCUGACCGGCGCUCCCUGCGAGAGCCUGAUGCUGCAGGUCAGCUCCACUAACCCUCGCGAGGAGGCCAUUGACACUGAUCUCAUCUGGGCCAAAAUGCUGAGUUCUAAGGAGGCUGGCUUCCUCAUGGGAGCAUCCUGCGGAGGAGGCAACAUGAAGGUGGAUGAUGCGGCCUACGAAAGCAUGGGUCUUCGCCCACGACAUGCGUACUCCAUAUUGGAUGUACGAGACGUGCAAGGACGCAGACUGCUGCGACUUCGUAAUCCCUGGGGCCGCUUCUCUUGGAAUGGCAGCUGGUCCGAUGAAUGGCCCCACUGGCCCUCCCAUUUGCGUCACGAGCUGAUGCCCCACGGGAGCAGCGAUGGGGUCUUCUGGAUGGAAUACAAUGACUUCAUCAGGUACUUUGACUCCGUGGACAUCUGCAAGCUUCAUUCCGACUGGCACGAAGUGCGUGUGCAGGCGUCUUUUCCCAACAAGGCCAGCGGCCCCAUAACGGUCACGUCACUGACUGUGCUGGAGCGAGCAACUUUGGAGUUUGCCCUUUUCCAGGAAGGCAGCAGACGCUCGGACACCGUGGACAGCCAUCUCCUCGACCUCUGCAUCAUGGUGUUCCGGGCCACCUUCAUCAACGGGAGCAAGCUAAGCCUGGGACGCCUGAUGGCCCACAGCAAGCGAGCGGUCAAGAAAUUUGUCAACUGCGACAUCAUGCUGGAGCCGGGCGAGUAUGCCGUGGUGUGCUGUGCCUUCAACCACUGGACUGCCCCAGUGUCAGGGACCUCGGGCCCAGGCUCCAGCCCUACACCUAGCAGCGAAUCCCCGCCCACCGAGGUCUCCAACUACAUCUUGGCCAUCUACGGUUCCCGCCUCGUGAUGGUCGAACAGAUUGAGGCCCAAUCGACCACGUUGGCCGAUGCCAUCAUUCUCCUCACGGAGCACAAGGGCGAGCGGCAUGAGGGCCGUGAAGGGAUGACCUGCUACUACCUGACCCACGGCUGGGCCGGUCUCAUUGUGGUGGUGGAGAAUCGGCACCCCAAGUCCUAUCUCCACGUCCAGUGUGAUUGCACAGAUAGCUUCAACGUUGUGUCCACUCGGGGCAGCUUGAAGACCCAGGACAGUGUGCCACCUUUGCACAGGCAGGUCCUGGUGAUUUUAUCCCAACUGGAAGGAAACGCCGGAUUCUCCAUCACGCACCGCCUGGCCCACCGCAAGGCCACCCAGGCGUUCCUGAACGACUGGAUGUCAACGAAGGGGACGCACAACCCCCUGCUCACCCCCGAGGUGGCGGGACUUCACGGGCCCCGGCCGCUAUGACAAAGGGCCCCCCCUGCCCCCCUCUUCUGCUUCUGCCUUUUUCUAGCCCCGCCUGUCUCCCGCGUUGCCCCCUCCGUCCGUGCAGAGCCCGUCAGGAUUAAGGAGGACCGACGGAUCGCGGGUUUCAAACUAAGCGCCUCUUCUCCUGUUCUCUGGGGUUAGGCCGGGAGCUGCUCAGGUUCCCCCCCCUCUCUUGAAAAACCCAUCUCCCCUUUCCACCACCCCUUUCCCACAGAAGAUGCACUUUAUCCAAAGCUGCAGUCAGGAUUGGAGAGCAAGGAGAAAAAAAUUUUUAGAGCUGGGGGGAAGGAUGCCCCCUCGCAGGUUCCAGCACACCGAACGGCCUGAGCGCGGCCAGCCGUCCUUCCCUCAGCCGCCAGAUAUCCUACGGCUGCAACAAUAUACCUCUGGCGAAUGUG